ACUACUACCACAUGCCUCUGAACUACUCUUUAUAUUCGCUAACAGACUUGUUAAUCACAAUUGUAAUGCGAUAAUUAGCCUAGCUACACUGUUAUGGUUGGUCAAAGGAAGGAACGAGAGGAGAUUCCAUUCUAUUGGUGUUAGAGGCGUGUAUUAAGAAGAAGGAUCGGUUGCGUGCCGAUGCGCAGAGGGUGGGUGGCGCGCAUGCGUACCAGCUGCGCCUGACGUCAACACGCCAGGCAUGGCGGCCUCAGCGUUUAACCGCCCUGUGGGUUUGUUUUGAAGUCUUGAGAACUAUUGCGGCAGUGUGUCUCAUCUAUUUUCUCUAUUAAACUGAUGGAGUCUACGGUUGUCAUGGAGACAGAGGAGUAUGAAGAUGUUCCGGAGGAAGUGGUGGAAACUUCAUACAUGUGUGGAGAAUGCUUCCUGCUUUUCCCAACUACCGAGGAUUUCAAUGCCCAUGAAUGCCACGGAACAGAGGUGAAAAGGCCAGAACAUCGUGAUAAACAAAGGAAGGAUGAAAAGCCACACACGUCUUUACACACAGCGAACCCAAGAACAUCUGCAAGAACAGGUGCUGUAUAUAGCUGUACAGAUGUGGUGGAAACAGAGUCUGAAGCAGCAAUGGAGGAGGCAGUAGCCAGCAUUCUUGGUGAGAGAAUGAAACGCAAGGCACCCCCCAAAAAUAUCUCAGAUAUGCAAUUUGAUCGGACACUUGUUGUGCCAGCAGAACAUUCCAUUGAACACACUGGCAUCAUAGACCAAGAGAUGGAAUCUGUGGUUGAGCAUACUGUAGAAAGUACAGAUCACUCGGAUGGAAGCAUGAUGAUGGAAGGUGUCGAGAUCCCUUCAGCCAAUGUUUACAUGUAUGAUAAUCCUGCAUAUCUUAACCGUCUUAUGAAGGACAACACUUUUGGCAGAAGAGUGCGUCAUGAUGCUCCCUACAGCCACCGCUUAGGCCCAUGGGAUAAUAAGUGUAGCAGACUCCUUAUUCAGCUUCUUAAGGAAUACCCAAAGGCUUAUUUUAUAUUAGACAAAGAGUGCAAAAGAACAGAAGCUUGGGAGAUGAUUCGAGUCAAGCUUGCUGAGGCUGGCUACCAGUUCACAGUGUUGCAGAUUCGUAUGCGGUGGCGAGAGCUAUGUAAGAAAUAUCGGAACACAAUCAAUCACAAUGACCUGUACAACUCCAGAAAAACUUGCCAGUACUUUGAUGACCUUAACAAUCUUUUUGGAGUAUGGGACUGUCCAGCCACACUGCUCUUAAUUAGACAGCUUGAAGCCAAUGGUAGUAAACGUCUGGGUCAGAAUGGAGGAACUCGCAUGAGACACAGAGUCUGGGAACACAUUCGGCAGUUUCUUCAGUCUCAUGGAUACCAGUACACAGCGGAUCAAGUUCAGGGGCGAUGGAGCACACUUGUCACUUUAUACCAAAGAAUGAUAGAACACAACUCCAAACCCCACAAUGAACGAAUCGUCAUUGCCUUUAAAGAUCAUAUCGAAAGAGUAUUUAAAUAUGUCCCAGAGCGCAACUCCAAGUGGCUUAAGAUUAUGGAAAAGCGUGGCAAGAAACCAAAGGAACUCAAAAAAAAAUGGUCCAUACCCAUUGAAAGACAGCUUUUAAAAUACUACCAUGAGAGAGUCUAUCGCUUUAAUAAUGACUACGUGAAUAACUCUGCAUUGUGGGAAGAAAUUGUAGAGAAAUUGGAGAGAGAAAUUGGAUACGAAACUACAGUUGAUAAGGUGAGGACACGAUUCUACGAGCUGACUAAACAAUUCUCUCUCAUGGAACAGCAUAAUGCUCAGCCUGGUACUAUACGCAGAGAAUGUAGACACCAUGAGCACCUUGCUGAGAUCUACAACAUCUAUAAUUAUUGGCCCCAUGACAGAUCUACCAUUAAACUAGAAAAGUCUAGUACUAUUAGAAUGAGGCAAGUUCAUUCUCAGCUGGCAUGGAACGAGGAUGAGUCACGCUUAUUGCUGCAGCUUUACCCACAAAUCCUGGUAGCCCAUCUUAGUAGUGGGGAGCACCAGCCCAUGGAAGAACUCUGGCUGCAACUAGCCAAAUCAUAUUUGAAUGCCCAGAAUGACAGAAAACAGUGCUAUGAGAUAGAAGAUCACAUUGCUCUUCUACGACGAGGAUAUCAUAGUCCGAACCCAUUUCCUUUUGUAGUAGAAAUGCAACUUUUGGAAGAAACAGAAAUGACUCUAGGUUUCACUCCUGAACCAUUACCAGUCGAGGCGGAUCAACUGGUGCCAUAUUGGAGCCACUCGGCCGCAAACCUCCUCCUCGACUUUGUUAUGCAUCACCGCCAGGAAGGAGUUAAGAAUUCAAGCCUUUUUGAGAUGAUCAGUCGAGAUCUUGCUGGCUGUGGUUACAGAUAUACUGGGGAAGAGUGCCGCCUUUACUACUCCUUAUUGAGACAGCUUUACACAAAUAGGAUGAGAACAAUCAAACGUAACAGGGAGCUUUUGAAACCUUUCCCUUAUAUGGACAAAAUGGCUGAAGUAGAUUCUGUUGUUUCCCAUCCAAAGUUUGUAGAAUCAGAAGAGACACGAAAGAUGAUAUUGUCUACGGCUUGUUCAAGAUUAGAGGCAAUCAUGGAUGGUUGUGAUGAUGCUCGGAGAGAUUUUAUGGUAAACUGGUUGACCAACCUUAAAAUGUGCAUUAAACGUUCUGCUCUUAUUCAUCCUCCACCACCUGUAAAAUAUUUAGCUCGUAUAUUAGCAGAAACUAUAGAAGAUUCAUCAGUGGAGGGAGAGUACAAACAGUUUGACAGCAUUCUUGGGCCUCACCUAGACUUACUGAACUCGAUUGCAGAGAGAGGGGGGUCAAGUCUAAUGUACCAGCCAACAAUAUUCAAGAAUAAAGGAAAGAAGAUUGUUACAAAUAAAACAGUGCAGACAAAAUAUGGAACUGUUCACUGGACUGAAGCAAAUCACAUCAUUAUGCUAAAUACAGUUAAAGAAUGGCGCCUUUUGUGUCAUGAUUCUGCGGAGUUUGAGGGCGUACUAAUAAGCGAAGAGCUAUGGAAGGAGGUAGCUUCAAGACUAAGUACUCAUUAUAAAGUUGAUCCAAACAAGUGUCAGGAACGCUUUUCUCAGCUGUGUCGAGAAUACAAGAGUGUUGUUUCUUUCAAUGCUCGUAUAGGUCUAGAAGAGGCUACUAAAACUGUAGUAUGUAAAGAGCUUGUAGAAAGCAUUUUGAUCCCAUUCAUAUGCCAUGAUGCUGACUUUGACAUUAGAGACGAGUGGUGGGCUAGUGAAGAGGGCGGUGAUUGGAGUCGAGGUGAGACGUUAGAGCUUCUUUUCACAGUCAGGGAACUGUGGCAAGGCCAAGUGAAAAUAGAUUGGGACAUGGUGAGCAUGAUGAUGAAUGCUAGUGGAUAUCCACGCCAUGAUGAGUGUUGCCGGAACAGGUUCCAGCAGCUGUAUAACGGUUAUCUGGCAGCUUCAGAACACAACAAGAAUUGUAGCAUAAGAACCCGAAGACGACCACCCUUUUAUUUCAAGAUGAAAUCUCUCUUUGACUUUAGUGAGACAAAUCACACCUUUGAUCCUGAACCACUCGGAGGGCAAGAGAUUGAAAUGGAUGAAAAUAAAGUUCUUGAAGUGCUUGUUAGAGGAUUAAGCAUAAUAAAAGGUAAUUUCUGUCAUAGUGUUCCCCGAAGACCACUGUUGGUGGCCCUGUCGAAGUACCUUAAUGACCACUUCUGCCUCACAACUCCAGCCUUUCCUCCUCAUCAGAUAUGGUAUCUGAUGGUGAAGCUUCAUCAUAUUCAUCAAGAUGAUGAAUAUGAUAAUACAAUAGUACCCAACGAAAUAAAUUUACAUGACCAGUGGCAGAACCACAGCCUUCCAAUGGUUGCUUAUGGACUUCUUGCUGUGCCUCUUCCUGGAUGGCAGUCUGUUUGUGACUGGAGUGUAGAAGAAGUGUACUUGUUGACAGAGACGGCCAUUAAUUGGGAACUUCAGCCUCGGAACUUACAGUCAGUCGGAAAAACCAUGGCAAUUGUAGCCAGCGAGGUGUUAAGAUCUAAUGGGUUUGAAAAAACCUCUUUGCGGUGCCAGGACCAGUGGCAGUAUCUUGUAGCAACAUUCAAGCAUGGUGGUUACAAGCAACUUACUGAGCAAAUUAAUCUUCUCUAUUUACUAGCACCUUGUAUGCUAGAUCCCCAACCAUCUUACUUAUAUCCAACUGUCCGAGUUUCUAAAAACACUGAGCAGCAACAAGAUUGUCAGACAAAUAAAUUCAAGCUGCCAGUUCAGGCAACAAAACCACAAAAAAUACAAACCAAAGUACCCCCACAGUUGGUAAAUAAGGAGCAAACCCCAAAAGUGUCUUCAAGAAAGUUAGAAAUAAAUGAAAAGAAUGUGGCCGAGUUGGCAGAUUGUAAACUGAAUUUGCAAGAAACUAAAAGCAAAAGUGCUCCAGGAAAUGUGGUCUCAUAUGUUCAGAUUAAUGUCUUGCAGCAGUCCGUCCCAAAGAAGCGUCAUGUACAAGUCUCAACUGAUGAAAUAAGAGAGUGGGAGGUAGAGGAAGUUGUUAGUUCAACUAUGAUCGAUAUGAAGGAAGAAUCAAAUUUUGUGGAUUCAACAGGAACUUCAUUAGAUAAAAACUCUCCAAAAAGUACAGAAGUUGAGGAACAAGUCUCUGAUAGAGACCAGGACAGAUUUACAUCCGCCACAGAAAUAAAAUCUUCAAACAGCAGCCCAUCAAACAAAAUUACAUAUAUUUUACAGUGUGAUAGUGAUUCACAAGAAGAUAAAGUGAAAGUAGAGAUAAUAAGUAUUAAAGAAGGUAAAAGAACAAAAUUGAUUGAAUGCAGAACUGUAAAAGGAAUUGUUCCAUCUCGAUUGCUUAAACUCUAUUAUCCCGCUAACUUCGUAAUACCAUCUGGCCUUAAACACAUGUAUAUUCCCAGGAUAUUAGUUCAUCCAGAUAUUGUAACUGCUAAAAAAAAGAUGAAAGUGUCUCAUUCUCGUGAUAAACCUGCCUUGCCCAAGUCUAAAACAACUUUUAAUCCAUCAGUACUACAGGCACCCUACUUAAAUAUAAAGACAGAAUCAGAAGAAAUUCAAUUUGGGGAAAGUGGUUUUGAUGAACCAGAUGAUUCAAAUAUCCAAUUUGACUCUAAUGAUGAUCAAAGUGAAGAAUCCAAAAGAGGUGGAAUAAUGAAACUAUUGGAACAGUAUAGCCAGCAGUGUAGAGAGGAAAAGACAAGAUUGUUGAACACACUACAGGAAAGUCAUCAACAGCAGACAUUGGUACUGAAGCAAAUCCUAAAUGUCUUCCAAAAUCUCCAAAACAUUUUGUAAUUAAUCACAAAUAAUUCUUAUUAAUGUUAUUGAUAGAAAAGGUUAUAUUUCAUAUAGUAAUAUACUAUAAUCUACUGUUCCUGCAUUAGCAUUAUUGCUCUUGUAAGAUUUUUUAUAUAUUUUUUUUUAUCUGACAUCAAAACUUGUGAAUGUAUAGAGCAUAUCAAGUGCUUUUUGAUUCUGUAUGUGCCAGCUUGUUGAAAGCUAAACAAAAUUUAACCUUGAAUAUAUGUGGCUUCAAUUAAGGAGCUGAAUUG